AUGGCAGAAGUUUCCGCCAGGACUGAAGCAACCCACAGAUUGAAGAAGAAUUUUUCUGUUCGUCAAGUCUCUGGGCCAGACAGCAGUGUUUUAGAGUAUGAAGGGCUAGUUCCAUUGCUGAAACCAGCUCCUACUUCCAGAGGUGUAUACGGAGGAAACUUGUGUGCACAAGCUUUGGUUGUGGCUAUGGAAUCUGUUUCAGCCUCCGAGGACUUCGUUCCUCAUUCGUUGCAUUCGUACUUUGUCAAGGCUGGUGUCGACUCUGUUCCCUGUUCCUUCCAAGUCGAAAAGUUGAACGACGGUAAGAAUUUUGCUAAUAGACUUAUCAGAGUAUUACAGAAUGGAGAGUUGAAGUAUAUUGUCAUGGUCAGUUUAACCAAGAGGAACUCUAUCGACAAAGCUAGAAAGGAAUACGUCAACAACAACAAGAAGCCAUUUCCGUUUGAAUUCCAGACAUCCGUUUCACCUACGUUCUACAAGUAUAAGGCUAGCGAACUUGAGGUUAACCGAGGCUUUGAUCACAGCGGCUUGUUAGAACAUAAGUUCCCACCCAAUUUUGUGGAUCACGAGUUGAGCGCUGACGAGCACUUGAAGUCACCUGGUGAACGUGACAUCUCCUUCUAUAUCAGGUUAAGGGAAGAAGAGAAAUUGGAGAGCAAAUACAGAUAUGCUGGUUUCGGCAUGCUAAGUGACUCAGUCUAUUUGACGGCUUUGUCACGGGUCUUGCAUUUGCCCAAGUUACCCAGUGGAUUGCCCAUUAGUCCUACUGGAGGAAAAGAACCCUACUUUUUCUCUGUAUCAUUGGACCAUUCUAUCUACUUCCACGAUGACAACUUCGAUCCCACAGAGUGGUCGUUUGUCAACUUCAGGGCUCCUAGAUUCAGCAACAAUAGAGUGUUGUUGCAGGCUGGUUACUACGACAAAAAGGGCAAGUUGUACGCCUCGAUUGUUCAAGAGGGAUUGGUAUUUUUCAAGGAGGGUGUGGAGCACAAGGCCAAGUUAUAG